GGUCACGUUCCCGCCGCCUUUGCUUACCUUGUGCAUGUGCUUAUACAAAACCAGCUCCUCUUCCCGCGUCCACACCGCGGCGGCCAACACACGAAGAAGACCAGCCCGAAAACGCCCCCCAAACCAUGGCGACCUUACCAUGUCGCGCGCCCCUCCUCCUCCUGCUGCUCGUGCUACCUUGCUGCCUCCUGCACCGUGCGGCCGCCGACGAUAGGCAGCUGCUCAUCCGGAUCAAGCGCGUGUGGCGCGACCCGCCCGUGCUCGCGGCAUGGAACGGCUCGGGCGACCACUGCACCUGGCCCUACGUCACCUGCGAUGCCUCCGGGCGCGUCACGAGCCUCUCCCUCGGCAACACCGGCGUCGCCGGACCGUUCCCGAACGCCAUCGGCGGCCUCUCCGGCCUCACUAGCCUCGAUUUGUCCGGUAACUACCUCGACGGCGAGCUCCCCGCCGACAUCGGCCGCGCGCUCGGGGAGAACCUCACCUCUCUGAUGCUCAACGGCAACUACUUCAACGGUACCAUCCCUUCCUCUUUGUCCCGGUUAAAGAACCUGCAGUCGCUCGAGCUGGACAACAACUUCCUCGCCGGCACCAUCCCGGCAGAGCUCGGCGACCUCACGGGCCUUCAGACGCUGACGCUCGCCAACAACUCGUUCAGCGUUGGCGAGCUGCCGGCGUCGUUCAAGAACCUGACCCAGCUGAAAACCUUUUGGGUGGCGAUCUGCAACCUCACCGGCGGCUUUCCCAGCUAUGUGGCGGAGAUGCGGGACUUGGAGGUGCUCGACCUCUCGGUUAACGCCUUGACCGGAAGUAUACCUCCGGCGAUUUGGAGCCUCACCAAGUUGAAAACUGUGGCUCUGUAUGCAAACAACUUCACCGGCGAGGUCGUUGUCGCCGACGGUGCUUUCGGCGCGGUGAAUUUGGUGACGAUCGAUCUGACCUCGAAUCACAGGCUAAGUGGGCCGAUUCCGGAAGCGUUCGGGCACUUGCCGAACCUUGAAACACUGAACUUGUACUUCAACAACUUCUCCGGUGAGAUACCCGCGAGCAUCGGCCGGUUGCCUUCAUUGGUGACCUUGAGCUUGUUCAGCAAUCGUCUCACCGGCAGGCUCCCUCCGGACCUCGGCAAGAACUCGUCGGCAGGGUUGAUGUAUAUUGAUGUUCAGGACAACGACAUCACCGGCGCGAUUCCGGAGGGGCUUUGCGCCAACGGCAAGUUCCAGUCGCUCAUCGCCAGGAACAACCGCUUGAACGGGUCCAUCCCGGCAGGCCUCGCCGGUUGCGCCACGCUCAACAACCUUAUGCUCGACAAUAACCAGCUCUCCGGCGAGGUCCCUGAAGCGCUGUGGAAGACGGCAAAACUUGAACAGGUGUUGCUGCGGAAUAACCGGCUCAGCGGCAGUCUGCCGGUCAAGAUGUUCAGCAACCUCUCCAGUUUACACAUAGAGAACAAUCAGUUUGGUGGCAACAUCCCAGAGGUGGCCGUUGGGCUCCAGAAGUUCACCGCCGGGAACAACAAUUUUUCAGGGGAGAUGCCAGCAAGUCUUGGUAACGGCAUGCCGCUGCUGCAGGCAAUGGACUUGUCCGGUAACAAGCUCUCUGGCGGGAUCCCGAAGAGCAUAGCCAAGCUCGGCUCACUGACGCAGCUGGACCUGAGCAGGAAUCAACUCGCCGGCGAGAUACCGGCUGAAUUGGGCGCCAUGCGGGUGCUCAACGUACUUGACCUGUCGUCGAACAAGCUAUCCGGCGACAUACCGCCGCCGCUUGCCGGGUUACCGCUAAGCUCGCUCAACCUGUCAUCCAACCAGCUCGACGGCCAGGUACCGGCAGGGCUCGCCACCGCCGCUUACGAUCGGAGCUUCCUCGGCAACCCCGGCCUCUGCCAUGCUGGUCUGGGGCCCGGCUAUCUCACCGGCGUGCGCUCCUGCGCUGCGGGAUCACAAGCUGCCUCCUCCUCCGGUGGCGUCUCGCCGGCGCUCCGCACUGGCCUCCUGGCCGCUGCCGGCGCGCUCCUUGUCCUCAUCGUGGUCUUCGCCUUCUUCAUCGUCCGCGACAUCAGGAAAAGGAAGCGCGCGGCACGGGACGGUGGCUGGAAGAUCACGCCUUUCCAGACCGAUUUGGGCUUCGGGGAGGCAGCCAUACUCCGGGCGCUGACCGAGGAGAAUCUCGUCGGCAGCGGCGGGUCGGGGCGCGUGUACCGCGCCGCGUACACUAACCGGUACAACGGCAGCGCCGGCGCCGUGGCCGUGAAGCAAAUACGGAGCGCCGGGAAGGUGGACGAGAAGCUGGAGCGCGAGUUCGAGUCGGAGGCCGGCAUCCUCGGCGGCGUCCGGCACAAGAACAUCGUCAGGGUGUUGUGCUGCCUCUCCCGCGACGACUCUGCCGGCAAGCUCCUCGUGUACGACUACAUGGACAACGGCAGCCUCGACGGGUGGCUCCACGGCCACGCUCUCACCGACGGCGCCAGGCACUCCGUGUCGUCCGUGGCGAGGGCCCGGUCAGGCCGGCGCAAGGCUGGUUUGGACUGGCCCGCGAGGAUCAGAGUCGCCGUGGGCGCCGCGCAGGGGCUCUGCUACAUGCACCACGAGUGCUCCCCGCCCAUCGUUCACCGGGACGUCAAGACCAGCAACAUCUUGCUGGACUCCGAGUUCCGGGCCAAGGUCGCGGACUUCGGGCUGGCCAGGAUGCUGGUGCAGGCCGGCACGCCCGACACCAUGUCCGCCGUUGCCGGGUCGUUCGGCUACAUGGCUCCUGAGUGCGGCUACACGAGGAAGGUGACGGAGAAGGUUGACGUGUACAGCUUCGGCGUGGUGCUCCUGGAGCUCACCACCGGGCGGGCGGCCAACGACGGCGGCGAGGACGGGUCGCUGGCGGAAUGGGCGCGGCACCUGUACCAAUCAGGAGGAAGCAUCACCGACGCCACGGAUAAUCGCAUCAGAUACGCGGGGUGCUCGGAGGAGAUCGAGGUCGUGUUCAGGCUCGGCGUGAUGUGCACGAGCGCGUCGCCGUCGUCGCGGCCGACCAUGAAGGACGUGCUGCAGAUCCUGCUCAGGUGCUGCGAGCAGACGCACCAGAAGGGCAAGGCAGAGCCUGGCCGUGAGUACGAGGCGGCUCCGCUCUUGCUGCCGCAGCGCGGCAGCCGCCGGAAGCAGCUUUCGAACUCCGACAGCGAGGAGAAGAGCGACUUCGACGGCAUUGUCUGAAUUAUGGAGCCAACCACUGCAUCUUGAUUGCACUGGCAUACUGUACCAGUUAGGACAACAGCUGGAAGCAGGGAAAUUAUGAAGCGGUAUAGACCGUGUAAGUUUGCAUACCGUAGGAGAGGAUUACUAGUCUAAACUUACAUCCCCUGCUAGCUGCUCAUGGUGGAGGUACCAUUUUCAGUUUAGAAAAACUAAGACGACGACGGACGAGGCGGCCGCCUCUCCGAGCAGCUCUGCAAGCGUCGCUUCCACAUGGGAGGUGAACUUAGUGCUCGUAGAGACCGCCAUCGAUAGCAACGACAGUCGUUUGCUUCGGACUGCCGUCAGUCGGCGCUCUGUCCCUGCCCAGCCAAGCGCGCGCCUCUCUCCGCGACCUUGUCGCAGACGUGGCGGGUUAUGUAUCUUGCUUCCAGGGAAGUAUCGGCAAUCUAGAUGUAAGUUGAAGCACAACACGAAGAGUCAUUUGUUGCUGAAGGUUGGAUUUGAUAAUAUCCUCUUUUGAACAUUGUGUAUCACUACAAUAUCUAAGCUCCCUCGAAUUUAAGCGCUAUAAGCGCUCUGGGGCCGAGAGGAUCAAAGACUCAA